AUGGCAGCAGCAGUCAAAACCCAGGAGAAGCCCGUUGAGAUCAAGAAUUACAAGGGAUUUGUCGCUGGCGUCUUCUCCGGUAUUGCGAAGCUGUCUGUCGGACACCCCUUCGACACAAUCAAGGUCCGGCUCCAGACCACCGACUCAGCUCGCUUCUCUGGGCCCCUCCAGUGCCUCCUGCAGACAAUUCGCAAUGAGGGCCUCUACGGCCUGUACAAGGGCGCAACCCCGCCGCUCGUGGGAUGGAUGUUCAUGGACAGUGUUAUGUUGGGCAGUCUGACGGUCUACCGCCGCCUCCUCCGCGACAACAUAUUUAACCCGCCGCUGCACCCCCUCCAUGACCCAAACCUGCCACUACCCGCCCACGGCCACGGCCUGGCUGGCAUCCUGGCGGGCUCGACAGUCUCGUUCGUCGCGGCGCCGGUGGAGCACGUCAAGGCGCGGCUACAGAUUCAGUACUCGGCUAAUAAGAGCGAGAGGCUGUAUAGGGGGCCGAUCGACUGCGUGAGCAAGAUCUGGCGCGCGCAUGGAAUACAGGGGCUGUAUCACGGCCUGUCUGCGACGCUGAUCUUCCGUUCGUUCUUUUUCUUCUGGUGGGGGAGCUACGACCUGUUCAGCCGGUGGAUGAAAAACUCCACCAAUUUGAGCGCGCCAGCGAUCAAUUUCUGGGCCGGAGGGCUGAGUGCGCAGGUGUUUUGGUUGACAAGCUAUCCUAGUGAUGUUGUCAAGCAGCGUAUUAUGACGGAUCCAUUAGGCGGUGGUCUCGGCGACGGUACACGGCGUUUCAGGUCAUGGAGGGAGGCGGCUGUGGCAGUACACAGGGAGAGUGGAUGGAAGGGCUACUGGCGAGGGUUCUUGCCAUGCUUUUUGAGGGCGUUUCCGGCCAACGCGAUGGCCUUGGUAGCAUUUGAAGGCGUCAUGAGAACACUUCCUUAG